AUGGGUGAGGUGAGGGAUAACUGUUUCCAUUCAAAUUCAUGUGGAAAAAAAAAAGAUUCAACGAAUCCUUUUCUUUUUUUUCUUCCAUUUGUUUUUGCUUUUCGUCGUCCUCCUCGAAAGAACUGCUCCACAAAAGCUGAGGCCCGUCGAAGUGCUGCGAAAAUCGCCCUCAUGAACUCUGUCUUCAAUGAACAUCCAUCUCGAAAGAUUUCUGACGAUUUCAUUGAGAAAGCUGUUGGUGAUGCUUUAGCUGCAUUUAAGGGAAAGAAAGAAGAUGCUGAGGAUGCUAACACAGGAAUCGGGGCCUUCAAGUUCAUGUUGGAAGCAAACAAGAGCCGAACAAUGCUAGAGUUUCAAGAAUUGAUGACCGUCUUCCAACUGCUGCACUGGAAUGGUAGCUUAAAGGCGAUGCGGGAGCGGAACUGCUCUCGGCAAGAAGUUCUUGCCCACUACUCCCACCGUGCAUUAGACGAUGAUAUGCGCUCACAGAUGGCUCUCGACUGGAUCACGAGGGAGCAGGAGACUGCAGGAAUUAUUGAUCACGAAUUAGAAGUUGCUGAGCAAGAACUGGAAAGCGCUCGGCUCGCUGGUAGAGAACUGCGUUUCCCAAAGGAGAAAAGAGACAUUCUGAUGUUAGGACUGAGUCAAAUAAGACCAACUGAUAGUGUGGCUUAAAGGAAAUCUCACGUUAGAUAGAACAGUGCUGAUAGUACAUCUCCUUGUCUCCUCCCUCUUCGAUCUUAAUCUGUCCAUCAUCGUCUCUUAAAUUUAGCAAAGAUUGGCACCAGCUUUGUCACAUUUCCUGAUGCUGUGAAUCUACAUGACUUCUGGUGAACUGAACAGGAAAAGAUAGAGAUAAAAAACAAACCAAAAAAACACUGCAGACAGACAGACAUUACAUCUUGUCUGUUCCCUCUUCAAUCCUAACCUUGUCUCUAUCAUCAUUUUUCUAAAUUUUGCAUGAUUACCACCAGCUUUGUUGUCUUUCUGAAUGCUGUGAAUUUAAAAUGGUUGCUGGUGAUCUGAAAACGCAAAAAAAGGAAAAAACAAACAAAAAAAAUACAGAUUUGCUAAAACACAGCAGAUAAAACAUCUCCUUGUCUGCUCCAUCUUCAGUCAUAAUCUUGUCUUCUAUCAGUUCUUAAAUUUUGCAAGAUUACCACCAGUUUUGAUGUCUUCCUGAUGGGGUGAACUGAAGUAAAAUUAAUGUUACAAUGGCUACAUUUAAAAUGCUUUGAACACCAAACAAUUUUAACAAGUAUUUCAUAUAUUGUAGCCAUCUCAAAUUGAAGGGGGUUCAAUCAUUAUAUCACAGCUUUUAGUAUUGAUCCCCUUUCAUUACACUUGUUACAAUUUUAGACUUUUUGGUUGUUUUGGGGUUUGUCUUUUUUAAUGAACAAAGGAUUUUUUUACCUCAUCACAACCAUCUUUGAAUCAGAUGUUGCAAUUCUUUCAUUGUUUUCUGCCUUCUCGUGCCAACUCUUGUUGUAUUAUGGAUACGUUAUUGUUCUUGUGUAUGUGUGUGUGUGCAUGUGUGUGUGUGUGUGUGUCAAAGAGUGAGAGAAAGAGAGACUGAAUUGAGGAAAAUCAUUGUUACUCUUACCAUACAUUAAACACCUUAUAUCUGUGUGUGUGUGUAGUAUAUAUAAAAUAUAUAUAUAUAUAUAUGCAUAUACCUGAAUGAGUGGACAAAUGGAAGAAAAGGGCACUCAAUACUUUUAGUGGGUGUUACAUGUAUUAUUUAAAACCGUUUGAGUUCCAGUAACUUAGUUUCGCAAGCCUCUAACAGAAGCCUGUCUCUUUCAGGUUUUCGAUUCGGUUAUCUAAAACCUGGAAAAAGACAGCCUCUGUUAGAGGCCUGAGAAACUUUAAGUCGCAUGGAACCGAAUCGAACUUUUAAAUAAUAUAUAUAUAUAUAUAUAUAUAUACACACACACACACACAUACACAUAUAUAAACACAUGCACUCACACAUACAUACAAAUAAACACAUAUAUAUCAUCAGCAUCAUCAUGUUUAUUUUAUUUAUUUUCAUUUUUAUCCUUAUUUAUCAAGUAUUUUGUACUGAAUUACAUCUUCUACUUAGCAGCUUUUUUUGUCAUGCCAAAAAUAACUGCCAUCAUAAAAGUAACUGAGCAUUUGUUUUUCAAAGCUCCAUAGAUCACAGAAAUAUAACGUUUGAAAUAUU